UUAGGCAGUAACUUUAGGGUAGUAUUGGUAAAUGUUAGGGAAAAAAUGACAGUAAAGUUCCCUCUUGGUCAAAUACCUUUGCUCAAUUGCUCUGGCAGAAUUUUCCGACACCGUCGAUUCAUCUCCAUCAUGGCGAACCAAAGCAGCAGCUACUUUGAUUCAGCCACAGCGGCAACCACAGAUUAUCCAAUUCCAUUAUCUCCGCCAAUGCCUGACAUAUCUAAGGAAAUAGAGCCGCAUAGAGCGUUAACUGCUUCUUCAAAAUCCGCUCUUUUUACUCUUUCUAGAAGCCAUGUUAUCUUUGAAGACGAAUGGCUCAUAGCGGUUAAUAAGCCCCAAGGAGUUUACUGUGAGAGUGUUUUGUCUUCGCUCCCUGCUUUACUUAAUGACACUGGGGCUAAUGUUUCCGAGCUUCAUUUAGCUAAUAGACUUGAUCGUGAUACGAGUGGUGUGAUGCUGAUUACUAAGUUGCACAAAGUAGCAGCUAAGUUUGUAAAAGCAUUUACAGACCAUAAGGUGCGGAAAACAUACCUGGCUUUCUGUGUUGGGCUUGCUCCAAAAUGGGAAAAAAUAACUGUUAAAUCAGGUCAUGGCCGAUCAAAAUAUGGAGCUUGGCGUGUUUAUGCGGCUUCAGAUGUGGGCAGGAAACUGCCUGGUGGAUCACUUGUUAAAGACAUGGAGACCUCUUUCGAAGUAUUAUCAGUGAACAGUGAAUGUUUUAAAGAGGUUUCGGACUUGCAAAAAGAUGAAGCAGUAGUCAUAGUUCAAGAGAAAUCAGUCAUUGGUUGUGACUCGAAGAACGAUGAGAUUUUGGUCAGGGCACGCCCUCGAAGCGGAAGAACGCAUCAAAUUCGUUUGCACUGCCAGUAUCUUGGAAUUCCUAUACGAGGAGAUGUAAGAUAUGAAGGUGUCUAUGAUUGGAAAGGCAGCAGAUAUGAUGGCCAUGAUCUUCAUGCAGAAAGUUUAUCUUUUGAGCAUCCUAUUACUGGGAAAGCAAUCCUGCUUCAGGCACCUCCACCUUCGUGGGCUAUUCAACCUUUUAGGUCUCAGUUCGAGUAAUAAUUGAGCUUGCAGUUUGAAAGCAUUUUGUGCUCUCUAGUUGGAGCAAGAGAGAGUUAAGUUCAUAAUGACUAUAUGAACUUAAUUUAUGCUGAGCUUUUGGGGAGAUGUUCUUUUGGCUUUUGUUAGUGGACCUCAAAGGCAAAUGGCAGUACACUGGCAUCGGUGGCGGAGGCAAGAUCUCGCGAAGGGGGUUCAAAAAGAAAAAAGUUAAAAGAGAUUGUAGCUAGUGGGAAUUGAACCUAUGACCUUACAAAAG